AAGCGCUGAAAAUUCUAAUUAUUAGCUUACAUAAAUUGCCCCAAUCGUAUAUGCUUACGAGCAUUUGAGACAAUCAUGUUGAAAAUAUAUUAACUAUAAGGUUAUAAAGAUACUAAAUUAAAACCUUAAAAUUUUAACACGUUACUGAUGUUCAAUUUUUAAGGCCCGACGACGAUCACAGCGUACGUGCAGAUACAUAUACAUCUUUUGGUGUUAGGGAACUUCUUUCUUUUUCUCAUUUUUUUCCUAUUGGAUAUACGUCCUUGUUUUGUGUCACCAAAUUAUCAUAAUAAUAAUCUUGGAGUAUCGAAGCGGGUGUACAUAGAAAAAACAUAGUUGACUUUAACAUUACUGCGACGUGGGUUGUACUAAAAUAGCCAAUAAAUUAAAUCUUGUCUUUAAGCUGAUAGAAGCAUGCAUGAUACGGAAAUUAGCAAUCAAACGUAUACUGCUACCUUAGCGGAAAGGAAAAAAAUUGUUGACUGUUGAUAUGAAAGUAAUUGCAUAAAUAAACACGAAUACUAAUCAAUCUAAUUUAUCUAAAAUAUGUUGCGACAGCAAGCUGUGACUUUAGUUCUGAAAGUUAUAGCUGCUGGCUUUAUUGUUAUUUUUGUGAUGCAUAUGUGCCUCAGGAGUACCUCUUCAUUCAAAUAUAAAAAAGACGAAUGGCUGAAAUUUCUGACUUAUUCUGGUAUUUCUUAUUCGUAUCCAAGGAUUCUUAAUGAAAUCAAAGAAAGCAAUGUAAACGAGUGUGUGCCUAUGAUUCAACAGAAUUUACAUGAAGAAGUGACUGAUACCUUGCUGAAAAAUGUGAUAACCAAAUGUAUGCACAGCGGAGUUAUAGCAAAACCAGUUUUAUUCAACAUGUCAGUUAUAAAGGAAUUUAUGUCAAAUUUAAGUUGUCCAUCGGCAACGUUUUUGAAAACUCCAAGACCACUUGUUGCUUUAGCUAGUUAUCCUGGCUCGGGAAACACAUGGACAAGAGAAUUAAUAGAGGUAGUAACAGGAACAUUAACUGGCAGUAUAUACACUGACUGGAACUUUAAAGGUUCAGAAAUGUGUCCAGCUAGAGGAAAAAUAUACAUCGUAAAAACACACGAUCCUAAUAAUAGAACAGUCAGUCAUGAUAAAUGCCGAGAAAUGGGUAUUUAUACAUUGAACUACACAAAAGCUGUUUUGAUACUGAGAAACCCAUACGAAGCUUUAUUGGCGGAAUUUAACAGACAGCAGUCAUUACAUAACAGUUGGAACCCUGGUGUUGGCUUAGCUCCAAAAAGCGAUUUUGAGACUUCGCGAUGGAAGAAAUUCGUCAAAAAAGAGUCAGAAACGUGGAAAAAUAUGGCAAUUUACUGGCUUUCAAUAUUUAGAAAACCAGUUUAUGUACUUAUUUAUGAUGCUUUAUGGAACUAUACUGUGAUUGAAAUGUACAAACUUUCACAGUUUUUGAAUAUAACCACUACUUUAAAGUCAUUAUAUUGCCUUUCGGGCAAAGGUGUAGGGAAUUUUAAACGAAACAAACCGAAAUGGAUGGCGAUCGAGACGUUAUUUGAUUCUCGUUUGAGAAAAGUUGUAAAUGACAAAAUAAGAUCGGUGCUUCAAGUUUAUGAAAUUCCAGAAUUAUACAGUUACAUUCUUUCAGAAUGUUAAUUUGGCAUUGUACCACAGCUGUUCGAAUACACCGUUGACAUUUUUCUGUCAAAAGUCGGUUAUUAUCUAAAGAGCAAUGUUAAAUAUAAAUCUUUCUCUAAUUUUGCUGAUAGACGAAGUGCGCAGAACGUGUUGAUUACCAUAGCUGCGCAUAACCGACGCAGUCGAUUUUUCAUCUGUCUUUAUUUGAAUUCAAUCGCUAAAACAUCGGGGUGCAGCAACACGUCAGGGCUACAUGCACCGACAAUAUGGAACUGUUUUCGAGGAAGUGUCUUUCCUGACUUUAUGGACUAAAUCAUAUAUUUGCAGUGCAGUUAUAGUAGAAAGAUUGCAAAUUUAAUGGUAUACUUCAAUAAACUAUAUGAAAGCUAGAAACAAAGUCUACGUUAUUUAUGAACAGCCAUCGUAGAAAACAUAAUAUAGGAAACUUUAUGCAUGAAUGUAAUGUACUGUCAUUCAAUUGUAAAGAAAACACUUGGAACUUCCGGUUCAUAAGAAGGGAUCCAGUAUCUUCUCAUGGCAAUGAUUCGGAUUUUUGCGUAUCUUGAUCUUUUCAGGGACGACUCUUUUUAUUACGAAUUCCAAGAAGUUGUGACAUUACUUUCGAGGAAUUUAAAUGGAGAUAUGAUAUCAUAAUGUAAACAAAUAUCUCACGUAUAGCCAUCCAUCAGUAAUCUCUAAACAAAGACGGAACCAGUCAUGUAGAAACUCGAGCAGCAACAUACUGUAUUUUUAUCUAAGAUAUAUUUUGUCAUACUGAGCACUGAUGACCUUGAUUAUCAAAGAAUGUUUUGAACUAUAUUUUGUCGAUAGCUGUACGAUAGUUUUAUUCUGAAUGUAAUUUAUCUCAUAAUAUAUUAAACUUGAUGCAGUCAUGUCA